UACCACCACCACCACCACCUCAAUAAGGAGAGAUCCUUCCACCUGUGGGAGCCUCCAGACACUUAGACAAAAAAGAUUAAUCGGCAAAUAAAUAACAUACUGCUUCAGUCACAAAUAAAGAAAACUUUCACAAGAAAAAUAACCAUUGAUAGAGAAUCAUGGCUGCAACCAUGGCAACGGCGUCCCACAAUAGUCACAACGUUAUUAACAUAACAGGAAUCAUCAAUUGUUAAAAAGAAAACGAGAGGAAGAAACCGUAUUAAAUGUAAACAAAAGAGCAUCGUAUAUUGCUAUUAAAGAAAUAAGCCACUGAUCAGCUGUUGUACGAGAAAUCACGCAUUACUUAGAAAGCUAAGCUAAACUACCGGCUUAAAUGAGCAACUUAGCCACAUAGCUGAAAGUUCAGCAGUCGUUCAAUUCACUACUGGAGCACAGAGAAGGAAAAACAAGCCACCCAAAGGGGCAAAAGGUAAGCUAGGAUUGAACAAACGAAUCAUGAAAUGUGACACACAAAAUAAACAAUUAGCAAAACUGCUACAUGCUAACUGCAGCUACCGCCAGCCAAACAGGAAGGAAACAAACCGGACGUGACGCAUAUAGUUCUGAUAAUCCUGAAAAACCAAAAGCUGUAACAAUAUGGCGAGUUGUGACUCAGGCAGCCUGAGUGAGGACUUUGCUGUCCCGGCUCAUGUUGAGGAGGUCAGGAGUGUGAUGGCGGCAUUUGCAGAGCAGCAUGGAGCUACAGGUCGUACGGUCGUACUUAUCACUUCAGGAGGAACAAAGGUUCCACUAGAAUCCAGGACAGUGCGCUUUCUAGACAACUUCAGCAGCGGCCGGCGUGGAGCCUCCUCAGCAGAGUAUUUUCUCGCCCAUGGUUAUGCUGUUAUAUUCCUGCACAGACAUCGCUCUCUGUACCCGUACACACGCCUCUACACUGGGAUCAAUCUGCUGGACUGUCUGACAUUAGACACUGUUCAGGACGGGUCUGGUCUGGUCACAGUGGAUCAGAGAAAGCUGCCAAACAUCACAGAGGUCCUGAAGCGGUACCAGGAAGUGAAAUCUGCUGGGUUGCUUCUUCCAGUGGAGUUCAGCACAUUAUCUGAGUAUCUCCACCUUCUCAAGGCUGCAGCACAAGCUCUCAGUUCAAUAGGUUCCAAAGCCAUGUUUUAUUUGGCUGCGGCUGUUUCUGAUUUCUAUAUCCCAGCUUCAGAAAUGCCAGAGCACAAAAUCCAGUCCUCCAAUGGACCUCUACAGAUAAGCAUGAAAAUGGUACCCAAAAUUCUUAAACCACUGGUGAAGGACUGGGCCCCAAAAGCAUUUGUCACUUCAUUCAAGCUGGAAACAGAUCCAUCCAUUCUCUUGGAGCGAGCUCGUUGUGCCUUGGACACCUACAAGCAUCAAGCAGUUGUGGCCAACGUCCUGGGCACACGGCAUGGAUAUGUUGUAGUUGUGACUAAAGACUCUCAGAAAGAACUGGUCCUUACAGAUGAGGAAGCUCAGAGAGAGGUUGAAAUUGAAGAGAAGAUUGUCAAGAAUCUGUCACAUGCACACACUCAGUUUAUGAACCAAAAAAUGUAAAAGUGUAAAACUUCUUAUUUUUUGUAAAGUAAAACAACUUUUACCGAGUAAAUUUUGACACUUGCCAAACUGGGAGCACAUGUGCUUGCACUCAACCUAGUGACAGCUUCCCAAUGACAGACCCCUGCAUGCCAUGUAAUUUACAAAAAGGUGGUAACUGCUCUGGAUAGAGUAAAAAAUGUGACUGCCACCAACUGGAUGAGGAAAAAUAUAACUAUCGUGUAAAGUUUAAAUGUAAAUUUAUAUAAAAGUUCAAGUUCUAAUGUGUUUGUCAUAUGACAGUUCUACUUUUUCGAGACAGCAAGUGAAGAGAAUGUAAUCAAUCCAGAAGUCAAUAAAGUGGCACUAUAGUCACUGCUUCAUGAUGAA